AUGACUGAAGAGAAUAUAGAGCUGGAGAAGCGGGACUCAAAUAGAAAUGAUGUUCAAAUUGACGGGCAAAAACAUGUUGUUAUAGAUGGCCCGCAGAGACCGAAGGUGCAAAUCGAUGGUUGGGAAACAGGAGGAAGAGCCCCUGCAAAAACAAAGGAAGAACUACGGUACUACAUGCGCUGUAAGACCCUUUGCUGUCCGCUGGGGAGUGCUUGCUCCAACAGAUGUUAUGAAAUGGGGAUGACUCGAUGCUGGUGCUGCUUUGAUUCGAUGCAUAAUUGUAGUGAAAGCUAUUUGAUCGACGAAAAUAUACCGACGAGGCCAGAAAAGUAUGCACAAAUCGAAGAAUGGUUUAGGAGUUUCAAUUGCCAGCCUUUACCUUUGGUCACGAUGAUUACAACUUUGAUCGAAGUUGGCUAUUUCGUCUACGUCAGACAUCUACCGGGGGGCUAUAACGAAAACAUCCUUGACAGUCCUCUCCUGUGGCGCUAUGAAAGCAAAUCUCUUUGGUACAUCUGGAUCACUUACUCGUUUUGUCAUGGCUCGCUUACACAUCUACUUUCAAAUUUAUUCCUGAAAGUCUUCCUUGGGCUCUUUGUUGAAAUGGAGCACAAGUGGCUACGCGUGCUUAUAAUUUAUAUACUUGGCGUUGCUCUUGGAGCGCUUUUUCAUUCUGUCGUUAAUCCCUGUUCGCCUCUGUGUGGCUCUUCUGGUGGUUGUUUUGCUCUUCUCGGCGCUGGAAUCAUCAAAUUCAAGCGCCAUUACAAAUACAAGGGCAGAAUGCGACGCUGGUGCAACUACUCUACCUGCAUGAUCAUUCUUUUCCUUACCGCCGCUGAUCUCGUGUACACUUUGGUGAAUUGGUUUUCCUGCGCCCCGGCUACAAAUUCGACGGCAAUCUCAGCGCACGUUGGCGGCCUCAUUGCUGGUCUCUGUGUAUCAUACUGGGCGCUAAACAAGUUCCAAGAAUCCUGGGGCCAGAAUAUAUAUCGCCAUCAUCGAUAUCGAUAUCAGGCAAUCACGGAUGAUGAUGUCGUCUGUUGUGCGUAUAAGCACUGUUGUGAGGCUUGGUUUCGUAAUGCAGAUUGUAUUAAACUGUUCAAGGACUGGAAGGCUUGGCUUUUCGCAAUCAUUCUGAUUGCUUCGUUUGUUGUAUCGAUUCUUCUCAAUUUGAUGAAUACAGAAGAGGAUGGAUGCCUUGCGUCAGUCGAAUUUAAUCGAGAUUGCUUCCAGUUGUAA